GGGGGACAGAUCUUGGGGCGGGGUCCACAUUUCCCAUCCUGGACCAGGCCAGUCCCUCGGGCUCUGAAAUCUGACCUUGGGGUCAGGACCCCCCCACCCCCAGGAUCUGCUUUUAGAGACUCAGGCUCAAUAUCCUUAGUCAGGGUCCGGGACCCUGUCCCGAACCUUGUAUCGCAGAUCAGAACGCCAAUAGAGACUUACGGGAUUGACAUUCCUGGUCGAAGCCCCCCACACAAUGCAAGCCAUUAAAGACCUACCCCAGAAUCUUCUUUCAGACACUUCUAGUUUCUCAGUAUUUGCUCUUGCACCUUCCAAGAGGGGCUAGACCGCCGGGAAUGGCCUUCAUUGCUGAAAAUCUUCCCUAGCAUCUUCCUUCAGGCCACCCCCCUCCCCCAACUCACACACGCAUUAUCUGCCCUCAGAGCUUCCAGGGAGACUAGACCCUGUGAAAGACGAUUUGGGCCUGGCCUCCAUGUCAGAGACCCAUUCACGACUUCAACCCCAACCUGGCCCUAACGUCUUCCAUCAGAAAGCCCAGCAUUUCUAAUCCGAGGUUCUCAACAUUUACCUUUAGAGGCUCCUCUGAUUCCUAGUAUCUGCCUUUAGAGACUUUCUGUACUUUAAGAGAAUGCUUUCUUUUUCAUGCUCAGUAUUCUUUUUAGAGACUGCCUCUUGCGGGUCUUCGCAUAUCCCUGAUCAUAGGUUCCUAACUCCCAGGAUGUUCCCUCAGAGCCUCCCAGAGGACCAGAAGCCAGGGCAGAACUGUUUGGACACAUAAUUUGUCCAUCACAGAUCCACCUGCCUUGGCAGACCCUAUUGCCUCCUGGCCGGUCCAUCAGACUCCUCUCAAACCCCACCCUUCACUCAGCCUCUGCCUUCAAAAGCCAACCAGGGUUCCAGCUUCUCUCACAGCUCCCUUAACCUCACAUCAAGCCUCAGGAUCUGCCCUCAGAGUCUUUGAAGAUUCCCAGCAUCAGUCAGAGGCCCCCGGCUUCUGUUUUCAGGUUCAUAGGACCCCACCAUCGUUGUCAGAUGUCCCUUUCCCCAACAGGCCCAGUUGUCUGUCCUCAGUCAGAGUAGAAAACCCCCUUCUCGGCAUCUAUUCGCAGAGCCUCCAUGGGAUUCCACAUAAUUGGUCAGAGAAACCCAACCCUGCUUGGAGACCUAGUCAGUAUCUGCUUACUGAACUUUUUAGGGCCAGACCUGUCUGGGCUCAGCUUCCCCUCUCCUCGCUGUCAGAGCAGUUGCUGUACUUAGCAUGUAUCAAUCAGAGAUAAGACCAAGCCUUUGUGCUCCAUUAGAAAUCCCUCCCCAACCCUACCUGAGGACUUACAUUCAUCUCCGUAGCCUCCUGGGACUCUAAUGUUGAUGUCAGAGAUCUCUCUCCCUACAAGUCCCUGUUAUUUUUGGUCAAAGAUUUUUCUGUGCCACCAGCAUCUGCCCGAUGAGACCUCUAGGUCCCCAGCAUCCUCCUGAUGGAGAGCACACCUCCCCCCAGACCCCAGCAUCUUCCUACAGCCUCCUUGGGCCACAGAAUCCCCCACCCAUUCCCUGUGCCACUUCCAGGGGACCUGGCUACUGCCCGCCUCCUUGCAGCCUCUGGGGACCUCUAGUGUAAUUUCCUGGUCCUUCUCUGAAAGAUCCUUUCCAAAGACCCAGAUAUGAGUCUUAACAGCCUGGCCUGGCUCUGCUCUGCCUGCCCCCUAGGGCUUCUAAUCCCCUAUCCCAUCUCCCUCUGAGCCUCUAUGGGCUCAGACAACCACCUCUUGACUCCUCUCUUUUAUGUUCCCAGGGACUUCUCAGUUAAUCCCUCCCAGGAGGCUUGACAGGCCCCAGCAUCCUGUGCCCUAGCUUCCCCAUCCUGAUAACCUGACCCUGUGCCUGCCCCCUCUCAAACCUGCUCCAGGACUCCUACCUCAAACCUUCUUCUCUGGUUUGGGUGGUAGAGAAUGCUCAGCCUUCAAAAUCACCAGUUUGGAGACCUCAGGCAAGUUCUGAAACUCUCUAAGCCCCAGUUCAGCUUUGCUAAACAAUGGAUAGUACAUGCGUCCUAAUUGGGGCCUGAGCAUAUGUUGAGGGAGAAAAGGUAUCAAUUUUGUACUGGGGGUGGGGAAUCUUUUUUAACUCCUCUCUGGAGUUUCUGCCCCAGAAUCCUUCUGCUUGCCUUGACACUGGUCUGUUCCAAGUCUUAGCACUGGGCUGUUCCAAGUCUUAGCAAUGGACAUCCUCUCUGGAACAAUCACCCAAAGCCUGAUUAGACCCUUGCUGGCGGCAACAGGAAUCCAGAGGUAAAAAGUGCACAUAUUAAAGAUCUCUCUGGUUCUGGAUCUUCUCUCAGAUUUAGGAAGCAAGGGAGAUGGUGUGUCCCAGACAAGGAAACGGGUGACAAGGCAAGGAGAUAACUAAGUAAUGGAGGCCACUGCAGGUGCCCAGGGAGGAGCUUAGUUAUGUCUUCAAGUUGCUGAGUUCUGACCACAGGAGUAGACAUUUUUAACCUUCUCAGCAGCCCCUUGAGGACAGUCCCAUUUGUCCCUACUUUUGGAGAAAAUGGGGCUCAGAGUAAAUGAGAUCCCUUCCCCAGGUCAGAGAGUCCGUAAAUGGAAAAAUAUGGUUUACUUGGCAUACUAAUUCACCAACUUUUUCUUGUCUAGGUUGGUGCUUUGCAUUCCAAGUAAUUAGGUUGGUUGGCUCCAGGGCCCUAGCCAGCGUCCUGCCUUCUGGGUCCUCCUCCCUCACGGCUCAUCCCUUAGCCCUGUGGGCUGGGCCCUGAGCUUGGUCCUGACUCUCUUCUUCCAGGGGGCGUUUGGCAAACAGGCCUGCACCAGUUGCCUGACUGUGGGCAAGUGAUUGGAGUUCUCUGAGCCUUUGUUUUCUUAUGUGUGAUGUGGGAAUGAGGUUAUCUGGUUCGUGGGCAUUGUUAGGAUUAGACAAAGCCCUGUGAUUGACAGGCGGUAAGCUUCUGGUAGAUGGUAGGGAGCUCCUGUCCACUUGCUUAGUGUCAGAGUAUGACAGGUGCCAAGAUGAAAUCUUAGGUACAGUGGGGGUGCUCGGUGUGAUGGUGGGGGGAGGCAGAAAUGGCUCAUUGGAGGAGAACAGGGGCUUAGAAGAGCACUGUGGGGUGAGGGGAAAUGAUUCAGGGUCCUGUUGUCUCCAGCAUCUGGAUCCAGCCACACGCAGCUUUCACUCCCACAGCAGGCUGUAUUGUUCUGUCUCUGAGACCUGGUGUGUGAUGCUUGGCAAGUUAAUUUGACCUCGUGAGCUCAGGUUUUCUCAUUUGUCUGGCAAGGACACUCAACCCUGCCUUGCAGGGUCAGGACCAUUGAGGGGAUGAAAUGUGAGAACACCGGGCGGCCGCCUGGACUUCAGGGUCAGCAGAUCUGUUCUGGGCCCCGCUUGGCCACUGUGUUUGUGGGAACCUCAGUCAGGUUGCCAGAUGUCCCCGAGUGAGAUUUUUUUCCUCCUCUGUUAGUUGAGAGAUGUCGCCAAUAGUAGCCCAAACCCUAUGGGGGUGCUCUAAGGACAAAGUGAGGCAAGGCUGAUGAAGUGCUCAGUGCGACAUCUGGCGCAAAGAAGAUCUCUAAUAAAUAUUCAUCCACUGUAAUUGUCCACCUGUGUAAGGGGCUCCGUAUGCAGACAGGGCUUGGGAAGUAUGUGUUUUAUCUCUCACUGUGACCUCUUUUGUUGGCCUGGGCCUUUCCCCUCCCGGAGCUGGGGGGAGGGGUGGAGUGGGCUUUGUAAAACUCUGCCUCCCGAGCCCUUCUGGGGGGACUGGGUUUUCGGCAAGGUGUCUCCUGCCAUCACGUUCCCCUGAUGGAAGUCUAAGCCAUGUUUCCCUCCUGCGCCCCUGUCGCCGGGGUUAAGGGUGAGGAGAACAGCUGCUUGUUGUGUGCCCGCUCUGUGCCAGGCUCUAUGGUCUGGGCUCUAUUUCAUCACUUCAGCAACUCCGUGGGGUAGAUGUCCAGCUCGCCGCUGUCCAAGAAACGUCGCGUGUCCGGGCCUGAUCCAAAGCCGGGUUCUAACUGUUCCCCUGCCCACUCCGUAUUAUCCGAAGUGCCCUCGGUGCCAACCAACGGAAUGGCAAAGAACGGCAGUGAAGCAGACAUAGAUGAGGGCCUUUACUCCCGGCAGCUGUAUGUGUUGGGCCAUGAGGCAAUGAAGCGGCUCCAGACAUCGAGCGUCCUCGUGUCAGGCCUGCGGGGCCUAGGUGUGGAGAUCGCCAAGAACAUCAUCCUUGGUGGGGUUAAGGCUGUCACCCUACAUGACCAGGGCACCGCCCAGUGGGCUGACCUCUCCUCCCAGUUCUACCUGCGGGAAGAGGACAUCGGGAAAAACCGGGCUGAAGUCUCACAGCCCCGCCUCGCCGAGCUCAACAGCUAUGUGCCUGUCAGUGCCUACACCGGGCCCCUGGUCGAGGACUUCCUUAGUGGCUUUCAGGUGGUGGUCCUCACCAACACCCCCCUGGAGGACCAGCUGCGGGUGGGUGAGUUCUGUCACAGCCGUGGCAUCAAGCUGGUGGUGGCAGACACACGGGGCCUAUUCGGGCAGCUCUUCUGUGACUUUGGAGAGGAAAUGAUCCUCACAGAUUCCAACGGGGAGCAGCCACUCAGCGCUAUGGUUUCUAUGGUCACCAAGGACAGUCCCGGUGUGGUCACCUGCCUGGAUGAGGCCCGGCAUGGAUUUGAGAGUGGCGACUUUGUCUCCUUUUCAGAAGUACAGGGCAUGGUUGAACUCAACGGAAGUCAGCCCAUGGAGAUCAAAGUCUUGGGUCCUUACACCUUUAGCAUCUGUGACACCUCCAACUUCUCCGAUUAUAUCCGUGGAGGCAUUGUCAGUCAGGUCAAAGUACCUAAGAAGAUCAGCUUUAAAUCCUUGCUGGCCUCACUGGCAGAGCCUGACUUUGUGAUGACGGACUUCGCCAAGUAUUCCCGCCCUGCCCAGCUGCACAUUGGCUUCCAGGCCCUACACCAGUUCUGUGCUCAGCAUGGCCGGCCCCCUCGGCCCCGUAAUGAGGAGGAUGCAACAGAGCUGGUGACCCUAGCGCGGGCCGUGAAUGCUCGAGCCCUGCGAGCAGUGCAGCAGGACAGCCUGGAUGAGGACCUCAUCCGGAAGCUGGCAUAUGUGGCUGCUGGGGAUCUGGCGCCUAUAAACGCUUUCAUUGGGGGCUUGGCUGCCCAGGAGGUCAUGAAGGCCUGCUCAGGGAAGUUUAUGCCCAUCAUGCAGUGGUUGUACUUUGAUGCCCUGGAGUGUCUCCCUGAGGACAAAGAGGCCCUCACGGAGGACAAGUGCCACCCGCGCCAGAACCGUUAUGAUGGGCAGGUGGCCGUGUUUGGCUCAGACCUGCAAGAGAAGUUGGGCAAGCAGAAGUACUUUCUAGUGGGUGCAGGAGCCAUCGGCUGUGAGCUGCUCAAAAACUUCGCCAUGAUUGGGCUGGGCUGUGGAGAAGGUGGAGAGAUUGUGGUCACAGACAUGGACACUAUCGAGAAGUCAAAUCUGAACCGACAGUUUCUGUUCCGGCCCUGGGACGUCACGAAGUUAAAGUCUGACACGGCCGCUGCAGCUGUACGCCAGAUGAAUCCGCACAUCCGGGUGACGAGCCAUCAGAACCGUGUGGGCCCUGACACGGAGCGCAUCUAUGACGACGAUUUUUUCCAAAACCUGGAUGGUGUGGCCAAUGCCCUGGACAACGUGGAUGCCCGCAUGUACAUGGACCGCCGUUGCGUGUACUACCGUAAGCCGCUGCUGGAGUCUGGCACACUGGGCACCAAAGGCAACGUGCAGGUGGUGAUCCCCUUCCUGACAGAGUCCUACAGCUCUAGCCAGGAUCCGCCUGAAAAGUCCAUCCCCAUCUGCACGCUGAAGAACUUCCCCAACGCCAUUGAGCACACCCUGCAGUGGGCUCGGGACGAGUUUGAAGGCCUCUUCAAGCAGCCGGCAGAAAAUGUCAACCAGUACCUCACAGACCCCAAGUUUGUGGAGCGGACCCUGCGGCUGGCGGGCACCCAACCCCUGGAGGUGCUGGAGGCCGUGCAGCGCAGCCUGGUGCUGCAGCGGCCACAGACCUGGGCCGACUGUGUGACCUGGGCCUGCCACCACUGGCACACCCAGUACUCUAACAACAUCCGGCAGCUGCUGCAUAACUUCCCUCCCGACCAGCUCACAAGCUCGGGAGCUCCAUUCUGGUCUGGGCCCAAGCGCUGUCCACACCCGCUUACCUUUGAUGUCAGCAAUCCCCUGCAUCUGGACUAUGUGGUGGCUGCCGCCAACCUGUUUGCCCAGACCUACGGGCUGACAGGCUCUCAGGACCGAGCUGCCGUCGCCACACUCCUACGGUCUGUGCAAGUCCCCGAGUUUACCCCCAAGUCUGGCGUCAAGAUCCACGUCUCUGACCAGGAGCUGCAGAGCGCCAAUGCCUCAGUUGAUGACAGCCGUCUAGAGGAGCUCAAGGCCACACUGCCCAGCCCAGAAAAGCUCCCUGGAUUCAAGAUGUACCCCAUCGACUUUGAGAAGGAUGAUGACAGCAAUUUCCAUAUGGAUUUCAUUGUGGCUGCAUCCAACCUCCGGGCAGAGAACUAUGACAUUCCCCCUGCGGACCGGCACAAGAGCAAGCUGAUUGCAGGGAAGAUCAUCCCAGCCAUUGCCACGACCACGGCAGCUGUGGUUGGCCUUGUGUGUCUGGAGUUGUAUAAGGUGGUGCAGGGGCACCGACAACUUGACUCCUACAAGAAUGGUUUCCUCAACUUGGCCCUGCCCUUCUUUGGCUUCUCUGAACCCCUUGCAGCACCCCGUCACCAGUACUAUAACCAGGAGUGGACGUUGUGGGAUCGCUUUGAGGUACAAGGACUGCAGCCUAACGGGGAAGAGAUGACGCUCAAACAGUUCCUCGACUACUUUAAGACAGAGCAUAAGUUGGAGAUCACCAUGCUGUCUCAGGGCGUGUCCAUGCUCUACUCCUUCUUCAUGCCAGCCGCCAAGCUCAAGGAACGGUUGGAUCAGCCGAUGACUGAGAUCGUGAGCCGCGUGUCGAAGCGAAAGCUGGGCCGCCACGUGCGGGCGCUGGUGCUUGAGCUGUGCUGCAACGACGAGAGCGGCGAGGACGUCGAGGUCCCCUACGUCCGAUACGCCAUCCGCUGACCCUGUCCAUGCCCGUAGACUGGCCCCAGCCCCACCCCCUCCAGCCCAGGGCUCCCAUUUGGCCUCUGGCAGUGGCCCAGUUAGCCACACUUGGUGUUCCCUCUUCAUCCCCCUACCUGCACCCCUCUUGCCGCUGCUUUCUACCUUGUUUGGAACCUGAAUCCUAAUAAAGAAUUAACCCAGA